AUGGUCAAAGCUGUCGCUGUUUUAAGAGGAGAUUCCAAGGUUUCUGGUGUCGUCACCUUCUCGCAAGAAAAGGAGUCUGACCCCACCACUAUCUCGUGGGAAAUCAGUGGAAACGACCCCAACGCCUUGAGAGGGUUCCACAUCCACACCUUUGGUGACAACACCAACGGUUGUACCUCUGCCGGUCCCCACUUCAACCCAUUCUCCAAGGAGCACGGUGCCCCAGAAGACGAAAACAGACACGUUGGUGACAUGGGCAACAUCUCCACCGACUCCACCGGUCUUGCCAAGGGCUCCAAGCAGGACUCCUUGAUCAAGUUGAUCGGAACCCACUCCAUUCUCGGCAGAACCGUGGUUGUCCACGAAGGUACUGACGAUUACGGUAAGGGAGGUUUCGAGGACUCCAAGGCCACUGGUCACGCUGGUGGCAGACCAGCCUGUGGUGUCAUUGGUCUUACCCAGUAA